GUGUUAUAUUCAAUAAGCAUUUACACACACAUUGGUUUCGAUUUUCAUAUUCUUUUAUUCUUCUCAUUUUGUGUGUAUAAAAGGACACAAACCCAUUAUUUAGUUAUUCAUACUAGAAAAUCAUCAAUCGAAAAAAUGGUGAAUUUGAGUGAAUCUUUUAACAAAAUGAAGGCCUACUUGGCUAUGAUUGGUCUUCAAUUUGGUUACGCAGGAAUGUACAUAAUAAGCCUUGUUUCAUUGAAGGGAGGAUUUAGCCAUUGGAUUUUGGUGGUUUAUCGACAUAUUGUUGCUUCUUUGGUUUUCUGCCCCUUCGCAUAUUUUCUUGAAAAGAAAACAAGGCCAAAGAUGACAAAAUCGAUAUUUCUGAAGAUCAUGUUGCUUGCUUUCCUAGAGCCUGUGCUGGACCAAAACAUGUAUUACCUUGGCAUGGAGUAUACAUCUGCAACAUUUGCAUCAGCCACAGUCAACGUUUUGCCUGCCAUCACCUUCAUUAUGGCUGUUGUUUUCAGGUUGGAGAAGGUGAACCUGAAAAAAGUGCAUAGUUUGGCAAAAGUGAUAGGCACAUUAAUAACGGUGAUGGGAGCGAUGGUGAUGACGUUGUACAAGGGCCCCAUCGUGGACAUCUUGUGGUACUCUCACGGAAGCGGCCACAAAGCAGCCGCAGCCGCAGCAGUGGACAGCGACCAGCACUGGGUCACCGGCACCAUCAUGCUGCUUUCAUGUAUUGUGGGAUGGUCUGCCUUCUUUAUCGUACAAAACAAAACGUUGGAGGAGUAUCCGGCUGAGCUGUCAUUGUCAUCUCUAGUAUGUGUGAUGGGAGUUGUUGAGGGUGGAAUUGUGGCUCUAAUUAUGGAGCGUCGUAAGGGUGCUUGGGCUAUUGGCUUUGAUUCUAGGCUUCUUGCGGCUGCCUAUUCAGGAAUUGUGUGCUCGGGAAUCGCCUACUACAUGCAGAGUGUGGUGAAUAAGUCCCGAGGGCCCGUUUUCGUCACUGCCUUCAGUCCCUUGAGCAUGAUCAUCACUGCUGUGCUCGGAGCCAUCGUUCUCUCCGAGCAAGUUCAUCUUGGAAGCUUGAUUGGAGCAGGCAUCAUAGUGGUUGGGCUUUACUCGGUGGUUUGGGGCAAAAGUAGAGAGAGAUCGGCUGCUAAUUCACACAACAAACAAAGCUACAACAAUGAUGAUCACUUGCCUGUCUCAGACAUGAAAACAAUAGACCAAAUUAAUCAUCACAAUACUCCAAAAUCCUUGCACGCAGCAGAGCCAUGAAAUGAAAGCAUUGAAUAUAUAUAUGUAUGGGAGAAUGGAGAUGACAGAAGUAUAUAUACAAUUGCUAUCUUACCAAUCUCAAUGCUAUUGUAUUAAGGGAAUAUAUUCCUUAUAAUCUAGUACAAUUUUGAGUACUA